ACAGGAAGGGGUGGUUUUACAUUAAUAACUCCUAGAAGCAGCUUUCUGGGCUCCUGCCGGCCCCCCUGCGUGCUCUCAGGCCAGUGGGGAGGUGGUGGCCCAGUGCCAGCCGGGGCAGGAUGCUGGGGAGGCUGCUGGGGCGCAGCCCCGGCCUGCGGUGGUGGGUGACUCGGCCGGUCCUGCACCCCACCAGAGCCAUCGGCGACAAAGCGAAGGGCGCUCAGGACGAGGCUUUGCAGACGGCUAAUCCAGGUUACAAAGCUUUCAAAAAUGACAGAAGGCCUACAAAUUUUGAUAAAAAGGUGUUAGUAUGGGCAGGACGCUUUAAAAAGGAGGAGGACAUUCCCAAGCACAUAUCGUCUGAGGUCCUCGACGCAGCAAGGAACAGUGUCAGGAUAAAGGUUUGCUACAUCAUGAUUGCACUGACCUUGCUGGGCUGUUUGGCCAUGGUAAUCACAGGCAAAGAAGCUGCUAAAAGGGAUCACACGCUGCUGAGGAUGAACAUAGAAAAGAAGGCCAAAUGGAGGGCUGAAGUGGCGGAGGAUCAGGAGGCAGCUGUUGGGAAGCCACAAUGAUUGGGAACAGAUUUAUUUUAACAGCAGGAGAUAAGUGAUUUGCAUAUGUACCUGUCUUCAUUUAACUCUUUGGAGCUUUUUCACUGAAACUCUCUCGGCAAAGACUUCACUGCUUAAAAACUGCUCCAUAUGAACUGGGAAACUCCUAUGGAAACUCCAACAGCUGCUUUCUGUGGCCUCUGGUCUUUGGCACUGGGUUCAGCUGAAAUAAAUACAGAAAUCUCUUCUAAACUGGAAAGUGUGGGAAGGACGAAUGCAGGACUUCCCAGCUCAGGAUCAGCUUUUCGUGGUGCUGCUGAUACUCAGCGUGGAUGUGGGGCUGUCUCCUCGCGGCCAGGAAGGAUGCGGCCCUACAUCAGAGAGCAUCCCAUUCUGUGCAAUGCCUCUAGGGCAAACAGCCUUGGCCAAAGUGACCCAGGGCAGGGGGAAAAGGAGUCUGAAAUAUGUUUUGCAACCACAAAGAGGUCAAUUAUCUCUACGUCUAAGCCUGCUGCCAUCGCUGUCCCCUCUCCCUUCCCAGCCCCUCGUGGGAUCCCAUGGCCGGGAGAGGGGGGGGACGUGAGCAUGAAGAGGGGCUGGGAAGAUGGAGGAGUGUGAGCAGACCCUGAUAACUCAUUGGGGCCAAAAGGGGCUUUGGGCCAGAGGAGAUGGCGGUGAUGUGGAGCGGUAGUGUGGGCACGAGGAGUGGUUUGGUUGCUGCGGGGCAGCCUGGGGAACCCGUGCCUGGUGCAGGGAGCCUGGCCUGGAGGCACCUCUUGUCCUGUUGCACCUCACUGGUUUUGCUUUUUCAUCUUCUGCUUCCAGUCAUUGUCAUGAAAGUUCUCUAGCACUUGCUUAGUUGUGAUUUCAGUCAGGAGUAAUUGCUAAUACAUGGUUUGCUAAAACUGGAUUCUUUUUAAUCAUCAUAGUUCAUUAAUUCAUAAUAAAACAGCUGUCCAAUUACAUAUAAAACAAACGCGUCUCUUCACAGCUUC